AUGGUCCGCUUCGACCUCUGCCCACCACGCCUCAACUACCCCUCCGGGCAGACCAUCUACUUCGGGGAGGACUUCAACAUCCACCUGAUGCCGCUCGGCGCAUCCGUCGGCGCCAACGCCGCCAAGGCCAUCGUGCGCGGCAAGCCGGGGCGGCGCCCGACGGAUGGCACCUUCUGGCGGCACGCCCUGUGCAUCUCCGGCGACGCGCUAAAGGAUCUCAGCAAGAUCGCGGACGGCGUGCCAGACCUCUCCAAGAUGGACCGCAACGAGGGCCUCGACGACGCCGCGCUGCAGGCGAACGCCAAGUACCACGCGCGGCGCAGCACCGGCCGGCCACUGGCCACUCGCUUCGGAGGCUCGCUCGGGGAGGCGUGGCCCUCCCUGUCGGAGAUCACGCACUUGACCACGAAUUCCUUCUUUCCAAUUCGCGAAAUGUCGCUUCGCCGACUCUGCGUCCGCCGGGCCGCAGCGCCCUCGCUCCGCUACGCGGCGGCCGGCUGGCGUGCGGCGGCUCCUCCUCGGCGGCUUUGCAGCAGUGCAGCCAGCACCGAUCUCGACAGCGCGGCGGACAGCCUUCACGAGCCCGACGAGAUCGACGCGAAGAGUGUGCAGAGCCCGGCGCUCGCGCGCGCGGUGCGCCUCCUUCUGGCGCAGGAGUCGCAGGGCGUGGCGGCCGACGCGGCGGGCGACGCGCUGAUGCAGUCCGUGCUGCUCAACCCGCGGCUGUGCGACGCGAUCCUCCGCUUCUUCGAGGGCCAGAAGGACCUCGUCGAGGCCUCCGCCGGCCGGGAUGCCGACGCCGCCGUCGGCGAGUCGUACGCGCUGCUCAUCUACGCGUGCGUCAAGCUGCGCCGGCUUGACCAGGCCUUUGUGCACUUCGACACGAUGGUCCGGCGCGGGCUGGAGCCCGACCCGCGCGUCUUUGCCGCGCUCCUCAAGGGCUGCGGCCGCGCGAGGCAGCUCAAGCGGGGCGAGCGCUUCUUCGAGAGCCUCCUCGACGCGAACGCGGCGGGGGCGCGCAGCGCGACGGCGUACAACGCGCUCAUCAACAUGUACUCGCACCAGAAGCAGCGGCCCGCCACCCUGCUCCCGCACGAGGUGUCCAACGCGUGGCGCGCCGUCGACCGCAUGCGCGAGGCGGGCGUGACCUACAACUCCCUCAUCUCGCUCUGCUCGCGCAUGCGCUCCGCAGACCUCCCUCGCGCAGAGGCGAUGCACCGCGAGAUGGACGGCUCUGGCAUUUCGCCGAGCAGCAUCACGGUGGCGACGCUGAUGCAGGUCUACGGCCGCGCCGACGCCGUGCCGCGGGGGCGAGCCAAGCUGGUCGAGGCGGUCGAGGCGGGCGUGCAGGUGGACACGUUCGCGUGGCGGCCGCUGCUGCACCGCGCCGCGUGCCGCGGCGACGUGGCUCUCACGGAGGAGCUGCUCGCGCAGAUGGAGUCCGUCACGGGCAAGGCCGUCUUCGACUCGCUGCGGCACCGGCUGAGGCACGCCUCAAACUACCGCAUCCUCGCCCGCGGCGUCAAGGACGGCUUCGACGCGGCCGAGGCGGCGCUGCGGGCGGCGCGCGACGUGGGCGCGGUCGACCCGCUCAGCUACGCGUUCCUCUUCGACGUGGCGAUCGGCACGAAGCACAGCGAGCCGCGCGGCGCGUGGAAGCCGGACGGGUCUCCGAACGAGGUGCGCCUCGCCCACGCGAACCGCGCGUGGGAGAUGAUGGCCGAGGACGGGAUCCGCCCCUCGAUCUCGCUCUGCCACCGGAUGUUUGGCGUGUGGGCCGGCAACGGCCAGAUCGAGCGCGCCGAGGAGGCCUUCGACGCGAUGCGCACCGCCUCGGCCGAGCUGCUCGCCUCGUCGCACUCGCUCGCGCAGGCAUGGGAGCAGGCGGCGACUUCCGGCGGCGACCUCGCGGUGGUGGCCGAGUCGCUCGAGGCGGCGCCGCUCGUCUCGCUCGGCCACUCCUUCAUGUCGUACGUCAACAUCAUCCAGGCGAACAUCGACGCGGCCGCGCCGCCGCAGCGCGUCGCCGCGCACGUCGCCGCGCUCCGCACCGAGGCGGCCGAGCGCAAGCUGCGGCUGCCGUGGCCAAUCGCCGAGGCGCUCCUCAAGACGCUGGUUGGGCAGCGGCCGCAGAGCGCGUCGUCGGUGUCGUUUGGGGGCCGCGCUCCUCCGGCGUCGAGGACGUCUCCGCCGCUGUCGCCUCCGUCGGAGGGACUGCUCGACAUCGCCUCUGAGCUCCACUCUUGGGUCGCCUCAGAAGGCGGCCGGCCGCCUCCGGGCGGCACCGUCGCCCUCGUCGCCGCGCUCAUGGCGGCGGGCCGGCUCGCAGAUGCCGCGCAGGCGCUGCUUUGCGCCGGCGAUGUGGCGCCCCGUGACCGGCGGGACGACGGCAGCAACGUGCUGUGGUCGUACGGGGAGGUGCUUGGGUUGCUGGCGCCGCUCUACGACCCGCAGCCGCAGCCGGUAGCGCAACGCAAGACGCCCGCCACGGCGCAAGCUCCGGCUCCGGAGCCGGUGCGGGCAGUGCAGCAGCAGCCGGUGGCGCAGACGCCACAGCCCAGCGUGGCGGCCGCCACGCCGGCGCCGGCGGCGCUCGAGGCGCAGCUGCAGGCGGCGAUGGACGCGGACGAUUUUGAGGCUGCGAUCGCGCUGCGUGACAGGCUGCAGGCGCUGACGGGGGGAUCGGAUGCCCCUGUCUCGGCGGGCGGCGGCGGGGAGAGGGCGGCGCUCGAGGCGCAGUUGCAGGCGGCGAUGGACGCGGACGACUUCGAGGCUGCGAUCGCGCUGCGUGACAGGCUGCAGGCGCUGACGGGGGGAUCGGAUGCCCCUGUCUCGGCGGGCGGCGGCGGGGAGAGGGCGGCGCUCGAGGCGCAGCUGCAGGCGGCGAUGGACGCGGACGACUUCGAGGCCGCGAUUGCGCUGCGCGACCGGUUGCACGGCGCGCGCAAAGCCCUAUGAGGACCGCCAGGGAAGGCGCCCGGGGGUUGCGCCACGCCGGCGCGGGCGAAAUGGCGACGUCUGGCUGCGCCCGUCGCGCUUGGCUGCGGUUGAGCUAUACAUGUUUUGCAAGGCGACGUCGUGCUUUGCCACGAGCCGCCCAGCUAAACCAAACAUGUGAGUUUGUGGUGUGCGGUGUGGUCGCCCGUCUCAGGCCAGAG